AAAUGUUUCUUGUAUUUAUCAACAGUUUUCUGGAAACUCUAGCAGGGCAGCACCUUCCCGAGUGAUGCUGGAGGGGGCAUUGUGAUGAUCCACUGAGACUGUCCACCUGGGUCCUCAGGAAAAGACUGCAAUGUCCCAGACACAGGAAUACGAAUGUGAGAGCCAUAAUGCUGGCGUGCAGGAGCCUCGGAUUUCAGGGUCGAGCACAAGGCUGGAGUGGGUGGAGAUCAUUGAGCCGCGCACGCGCGAGCGCAUGUAUGCCAACCUGGUCACCGGGGAGUGCGUGUGGGACCCGCCCGCAGGAGUCCGCAUCAAGCGCACCAGCGAGAACCAAUGGUGGGAGCUCUUCGAUCCCAACACUUCACGCUUCUACUACUACAGCGCCACCACCCAGCGCACUGUGUGGCACCGGCCGCAAGGCUGCGACAUAAUCCCUUUGGCCAAGCUGCAGACUCUGAAGCAGAACACUGAGUCCCCUCGCGCCUCAGCAGACAACAGCCCUGGGCGCGGCAGCAGCGUUAGCCGUGAUGGAAGCACCAGCUCCUCCCUGGAGCCUGAGCCUGACACCAGCGAGAAGGGGCAGGAGCCUCUGGGGAGGAGCCGGCAGAUGGCAUUUGGGGCUGCAAAGGAGGAGAGUGGCAGUUCUUCACCACCAGGACUGUUCCUUGAGAAGGACUAUGAGGUUUACCGGGAUUACAAUGCAGACGGCCAACUUCUUCACUACAGGACCUCCUCCCUCCGGUGGAACUCAGGCACCAAGGAGCGGAUGCUCAUCAAAGUUGCAGACCGGGAGCCCAGCUUCCUCUCCCCCCAGGGCAACGGGUACCCCCUGGACAACCAGCCUGGGGGCCGCUCCCGCAGACCCUCGGGUGGGCAGCACUCACCCAGCAUGCAGACAUUUGCCCUGGACACAGACGGCUCGGUCUUCUUUCCUGAGCGGAGGCCAUCACCCUUCCUGAAGAGGUCUGAGCUGGGGAGCUGUUCCCCACUGCUGGCCCAGCCCCGCAAGCCUGCCUGUGACUCACAGCCCUCCUCCCCACGCUAUGCCUAUGAGCCUCCCCUCUAUGAGGAGCCCCCCAUUGAGUACCAAGCCCCUAUCUACGAUGAACCCCCCAUGGAUGUGCAGUAUGAGGCCAGCGGGGCUUGCCAGGGCGGCUCACCCCAGCGGUCUCCAGGCCGUAAGCCAGUGCCCUUCCCGCAGUCGCCCAAGCAGGCUUCCGCCUCGCCCUUCCAGCAGCUGGUGCUCACCCGGCAGAAGUGCCCAGAGCGCUUCCUGAGCCUUGAGUACAGCCCCGCCGGCAAGGAAUAUGUGCGGCAGCUGGUGUAUGUAGAGCAGGCGGGCUCGAGCCCCAGGCUGCGGGCAGGCCCUCGGCACAAGUACACACCCAACCCUGGUGGGGGCUCACUCUCCCUACAACCCAGCCCCUGCCUGCUGCGGGACCAGCGCCUGGGGACCACAUCCGGGGACUAUAGCAGCAUGGAGGGGCCUGAGCUGAGACAUGCCCCUCCGCCCUCUCCACUUCCUCAGGCUCAGGACGAUGCCAUGUCCUGGUCCAGCCAGCAGGACACCAUGUCCUCGACAGGCUACUCCCCGGGCACCCGCAAGAGAAAGAGCAGGAACCCCUCUCUGUGUCAUGCUCCCAGUGGCACAUCUACCGACAGCCCUGGGGACCGAGAUCUGCUCCCGCAGUCCCUGGCUGAGGAGCGGCCCAAGUGUGGCCCCAGCCUGGCCCCAAAGCACAUGGAGGCUAAGACAGGCGAGGCAGAUGGGGCACGGGGCGGGGCUGAGCCCUUCCUGGCACAGGCAAGGCUGGCCUGGGAGGCGCAGCAGGCCCACUUCCACAUGAAGCAGAGAGGCAGCUGGGACUCCCAGCAGGAUGGCUCAGGCUACGAGAGCGACGGGGCUGUGCCACUCCCCAUGCCAGGGCCUGUGGUGCGCGCCUUCAGUGAGGAUGAGGCCUUGGCCCAGCAGGAGAGCAGCAAGCACUGGCAGAGGGGCGCCUUGGAGAGGCUCGCCUUCCCCCAGAUCCUGCUCGAGAAAAGCGUCUCUGUGCAGACCAACCUAGCCUCACCCGAACCCUACCUCCACCCGUCACAGUCCGAGGACCUAGGCUCCUGUGCCCAGUUUGAAAGCAGCCGACAGACUCGCAGCGUCAUGCCCAGUGCCAGCUGUGUGUUCCCCACGUUCACUCUACGCAAGCCGUCCUCAGAGACUGACAUCGAGAACUGGGCCUCCAAACACUUCAACAAGCACACGCAGGGCCUAUUCCGGCGGAAGGUGUCCAUCGCCAACAUGCUGGCCUGGAGCAGCGAGUCAAUCAAGAAGCCCAUGAUCGUGACCAGCGACCGCCACGUGAAGAAGGAGGCGUGUGAGAUCUUCAAGCUGAUCCAGAUGUACAUGGGUGACCGGCGUGCCAAGGCAGACCCGCUGCAUGUGGCCCUGGAGAUCGCAACCAAGGGCUGGAGCGUGCAGGGCCUGCGGGACGAGCUGUACAUCCAACUGUGCCGGCAGACCACAGAGAACUUCCGCCUGCAGAGCCUGGCCCGGGGCUGGGAGCUCAUGGCCAUCUGCCUGGCCUUCUUCCCACCUACACCCAAGUUUCAUUCCUACUUGGAGGGCUACAUCUACCGGCACAUGGACCCUGUCAAUGACACCAAAGUGACACAGCACAUGAAGGAACUCCUGGAAAGGAACACUAAGAAGAAGUCCAAGUUGAGAAAGAAACCCAAGCCCUAUGUUGAGGAGCCAGAUGGGGUGGCGAUAAGCACAUAUGCCAAGUACUGUUACCACAAGCUGCAGAAGGCAGCCCUGACUGGGGCCAAGAAGGGGCUAAAGAAGCCCAACGUGGAGGAGAUCCGGCAUGCCAAGAACGCUGUGUUCAGCCCAUCCAUGUUUGGCAGUGCCCUGCAGGAGGUCAUGAGCAUGCAGAAGGAGCGCUACCCUGAGCGGCAGCUGCCCUGGGUCCAGACGCGGCUGUCUGAGGAGGUGCUAGCGCUCAACGGUGACCAGACAGAAGGCAUCUUCAGAGUCCCUGGGGACAUUGAUGAGGUGAAUGCCCUGAAGCUACAGGUGGACCAGUGGAAGGUGCCUACAGGCCUGGAGGACCCCCACGUCCCUGCGUCGCUGCUGAAGCUGUGGUAUCGAGAGCUGGAGGAACCCCUGAUCCCUCACGAGUUCUACGAGCAGUGCAUCGCGCACUACGAGAGCCCCGAGGCCGCCGUGGCCGUGGUGCACGCCCUGCCCCGCAUCAACCGCCUGGUGCUGUGCUACCUCAUCCGCUUCCUCCAGGUGUUCGUGCAGCCUGCCAAUGUGGCCAUCACCAAGAUGGAUGUCAGCAACCUGGCCAUGGUGAUGGCACCCAACUGCCUGCGCUGCCGAUCAGACGACCCACGUGUCAUCUUUGAGAACACUCGGAAGGAGAUGUCCUUCUUGCGUGUGCUCAUCCAGCACCUAGAUACCAGCUUCAUGGAGGGCGUGCUAUAGCACGUGGGCUGAGGACUGAA